UUUUAACUGCGCCAGAGACCGCGUGACUGUUCCAAAUUGACAGUUGCCUAUCGUCAGGUGUCACCGUGACUCCGCGAAGCAGCGGUGUGCAAUUUACAUUUUGGUUAGGACUACAGCCUUUAUACAGCGCGGUCUCCGUCUUCGGCGAAGAGGUAGAACUAGCUGAACUUAGCCGCUAUGGCGAGUAGUCAUGGACCCGGCGAUGAGGAGGUGGACGACUCAUCAUUCACUACAUCACAUGCCGAGGUUGGCAUGCGAAACCACGGUGGAUAUCAUCAUCAAAGUGCUCACAACCAGAAGAAUCAGAUGAUAUCACCAGGGCUCUCCAUGAUAAAAGCCCCCCCUUGUCCUGGGCCAAUUGUGUUCCCUCAUGCCACACACAACAGCUUGACGCUGGCCUGGAAAGCUCAAGAAGGACAGAGCGAGCCUCAAAAAUUCAGAGUCACCUGGACAAAUAAGAAGAAGAAGUCCGAAGGGCGGUCUAUUGAGACGGAAUCUUCAGCCACAGAGCUUCGUAUUCAAGACCUCGGUCCCGGGCAGACGUAUGACUUUACUGUCGCUGCCGUCAAUGACAGAGGAGAGCUGGGGCCAAGUGCAUCAGCAACCAAAGCCAUGGAGGUCCCGGUCCCUGAGGGUCUGACUGUGAAGAGAAUGGAAACAUCUGCAUGCCUCAGCUGGACGCUUGCUCCAGGGAUGGAGGGAAUGCCUCACUCUUUCCUCAUCUCUUACCGUAGCUCCGAGUGCGGCCGUAGCUCUAAGCACGCACCGAUUAUUAUCUCCACUACAUCCCGCAGUGCGGUCGUAACGGGCCUGGAGCCACUCGAGGAGUAUACUGCCUUCGUCAAGCUUGUGGGGGAAACUGGGAGAGAGGUCUCAUCUGCUGCAUGCACUAUCCCAGCUGCUCUCCAUCCUCCUGAAUGUAAAGUGUUGACCCCUACCUCUGUGUCUCUGAGUUGGACUCCUGCUCCUCAGGAUGGACCGACAGACCGCCUGAAAUACUGCAUCACCUGGAGGGGUGAAAGGUCGGGAGAUCGUUACUGCACCGUGACGCCUGUCACUCAACUUGAAGUACAGAAUCUACAUCCAGGAGAUACAUAUAAGUUUACCGUAGCAGCCAUCAGUGAAAGUGGGGAGGAGAUUCAAAGUGUGUCAGUAUCCCAAUGCAUGAACAUACCUGUUCCAGAGAAUUUGACUGUAAAGAAAACGGAAACAUCAGCAGACCUCAGCUGGACUGCACCGAGCAGUAUGGAGCGAAUCCCACACACUUUCCUCGUAUGUUAUGGCUAUAAAGGGGGAAAAGCCCGGUUUAUCUCAACCGCAUCAUGCAGUGCUGUCAUCCCAAGCCUGCACCCGCACACCGAGUACAACGUCAAAGUCCGCGUGGUGUGUGGAAACGGGACUGAAAGCCUGCCUGCUACAAUUAACUUUUACACCGGAAUCAACAGGAAUCAACAGGAAUCAACAGUUGAGACUUUCUGGGUGAAGUCUUUGACACCAACUUCUGCUGAAGUUAGCUGGACUCCAUCUCAAAAAGAGAACCAGAUCGCAGGCUCGUUCCAGAUCUCAUAUGUCUGUGAUGGGACAGAUCUCAAGACCGUCACUACUGAUUUAUGUAGUACAGUCAUUGAAGACUUGAAGCCAGCCAGCGAAUACCUAUUCAGUGUCUCUGCCGGAUCGGAGGGUGUGCACCCAAUCAUGCUCGGCUCCACCAUCUUCUGCCCUGGCGUUCCAACUCCAGGACCAAUUCAAAUAAAAUCUGCCACACCGACCUCCGUAUCUCUCAUGUGGAAAUCUCUGGGGUCAGACUAUGGAUACAGAGUCACCAGAAAAUGCUCCAAGUUCGAGAGUACUUUUACAGUGUGGGAUUCAGGCAUUACCAUCCAUGACCUCGACCCUGGGGAUGAACUUGAUAUCACUGUAUUCACAUUGAGAAAUAAACAACAAAGUUCUUCCUCUAGUCAUCUUAAAUAUCCGGGGAUGAAGAUACCCCAACCUACUGACCUUCAGCUUGAUGUUCAUAGCAAGAUGGUGACAUGGAAAAAGCCAGCAGCAGUAGGCCGUGUUUCAUACCUUUUGACAGUCACCAAGCAAGGGGCUAACAUGUUCAAUGCAUUCACUGAAAAUACACAGUAUACUCUACCAGAAGAUGCCUUCAAGACUGACUGCAGCUGCGUCAUUUAUGUUAGCACCGUACUGAAGAGUGCUCAAAGCAUCCCAAACGUGGUGGCGAUCGAUCAAUGUCGUGUGGUCACAUACCCAGGCAAAGAGGCACACCCAGCACAUAGUCAAAUCACGCCCACUCCUCCUAGCCAUGCAGUCACACACACAGGCAAGGAGGAACGCCCAAUAAACCACCAAGCACGCCGAGCUCCUGGCUAUGCAGAAGAUAAAGACACAUCCAGACAAUAUGGGAACAGCCAAUCUGCAACAUCCUAUGGAAGACCUGCAGGUGAAGGAUCAAAGAGCAGUGGUCCAACACUAUCUACAUUUAAGAAGAAAAAGUAUUACUUUCAUGCCUCUGGAAAGACAAAAAGCUACUGUUCCGAAAUCCAAAACCUCUGGCUUCAGGGUCUCUCUGAGGUGAAAUCGGUGGACAGUGCUCAUAUGAUCCUGGCCAUCUGCAUGGUGGUGUCUCGGGUAGGAACCGACGUUGAAGCAACAUUGAGAGAAAUCCCAGUAAACAAGCCUACCGUACUGGUAGUGAUGCAUCACACAUUUGACCCUACUUAUGUAGUGCCAGACAGCAGGAGGUAUGCCAAGGAUGGCAUGCUCGUUGUGGACUGCCUGUUUUAUGAGGACCAGGGCUUGCUGAGAUGUGAAACCAAUGACAAGGCAAAGUCUACUGUCCUGAAUUGGAUAGAGAGCAAGAUAGUUGGCACUCAGCCAAAGGGGACAUCAUAUGUUAAUGAACCUUCAAGAUUUUGAAGAACGACUUUGAUGGGCAGUAGGAAUGGUACAGUGGAAGAUUUCACGCCUUUGCCAUUUUUCUUUUUUUAUUUCACAGAAGUCCUGUUAUCAAAUACUGAAUACCUUAUACUCAGGAUGUGAUUUUUCCACCAUGGAAAUGAGUAUUGAAAUCAUUGUACUCAUCAGAAUUACACAUGUAAUGGGAAUACUGCCCUACAAAGCAAAAAGGCAAUAACUACAUAGAGCUCCACACUGACUCAAAUUACUUUCAAAUGAGCCUGUAGUUUGGGUUUUUACCUUUAGCUUUACUGUAUAUUUUCAUGGUGUUUUUUUGCAGAUCAGUCAUUUUAUUAAACUUUUUAUAUUGAUAUGCGUCAUUAAAAUCAUAGUAACUCAUUUUCAACAACAAUGCAGUUACUGCCUUCUUGCUUUGUCUAAUGGUAGAGGAACAUCUCAUGUUAAUGUGAAAAUAUGUUAACAGGUUGACAACACUGAAAUACUAUGAAAGAUCUACCAUAACUACUUACGUAUGUACAACAACAGUAUAACUGGGGGCAGUCUUGGACUAAUGGUCAGGGAGGUGGUAUUUGGAUCAGAGGGUUUUGGGUUCGAAUCCUACCCUGACCAGGCCCCUCCCAUGGACUGAAAUCAACACUGUACAAUUACUUUAUCAACAACUGUAAGUCCCUUUGGAUAGAAGUGUAUUAUAUUAUCUAGAAAAUUCUAAAUGGAAUCCGUUUAGUGUUUCAUAGUGUACAGUAUAUUGUACUGUGAUUAUGUACACAGGGUGCAUGCAGGGUUUUAAAAAGUAUUAAAAGGUGAUAAAUUAAAAACCCAAAAUUUAAUGGCCUUAAAAGUAGUUAAUUUGCUCAAAAGGUAUUAUUUUUUGUUGUACCAUUUUGACAAAAAAAAUGUUGAUUCUGUAGGCUAUCUGAGGGCACUCAUGGGUACGCGGUUAGGGCGUCAGGUUACCAACCUGCCAGGUUGGUGGGGGGAGUAAUUAACUAGUGCUCUCCCCCAUCCUCCUCCAUGACUGAGGUACCGAGCAUGGUACCGUCCCGUCGCACUGCUCCCUCUCGGGCGUCUUUUUGCAAAAAAUGAAAGUGUAAUGUAAUGUUAAGGAGGUAGAAAUUACAAAAGAUGUCUUGUUAAUACUCACAUUGGAGUAUCGUGAUGGUUGUAAAAAAAAAUCUAAAGGUAGUGACAAAAGGUAUUAAAUGGUAGUAAAUUUGA